GAGGCAACGCCGCGGGCCAGGAAUCGGAGGUAGCUCCAGCUCUUUCCGUGCAGCCAACUCAACAGAUAAGUUGGCUCCCGCCGAGGAUUUUUGCAUCCAAGAUAAAGAUUUGGCAAAGACGCCGCUCCAGCUGUGGGGCUAACAUUUCCCAGGAAUUCCCCGUGGUGAUUUUUCUGCAGAAAGCAAGAGGCCUUUGUCCCCCUGGAGGCCGCUGCUGAAGGACCACCACCGAAAGCAAGUUCUCCUCUCCGCCGGGAAGGUCGCACAUGCACAACACCAGCUGCAACAUGUCCUGUCCUGGUGCGGUCACGUUGCCCUGAAGUUCUCAGGAAGCCUGCGCUGUUUCACAAUCGGACCGCGCGAGGUCCAAACUCCUGCCCUAUCUCCUUCCACCAGUUUCCCCCUUGGAUUCUACCCUUGCGCUUGGCCGUCAAAAUCAGGACUCGCAUGUUGGAGCCAAAACUCUGCCCCCGCUGGUGUCAGGGAGAUGCUUGCGAGGAGUUCUCUGGAAAUCUGAGAUAAACUCUCUCUGGCUAUAAAAAGGGGAGGCACUGGGAGCCACCUUGCACUCGCUCCCGCUGUGCCGCCGCGUCCAUGCGCUUCGGGGAGAGGCAGGAGAAACACUGAAGCAGCCAGGAGCCUGUGGCGAUGGCGACAGGCAAGACGCUGCUUCUCCCAGCCUGGCUGGCCCUCGUGUGCGGACUUUCUACUGCAUAUUUCCGCGGCAAGGAAUUCAUCACUGUCUUCCCGCAAAAUGACCAGGAGAACACCCGUGCCGACCUCAGUCUGCUCUUCACCACUUAUUAUGACUCAACUGUGAUCACAGUGAUGGUGAACAAGAACACCUUCCAGAAAUCGAUCUCUGUUGGCAAAGAUCAGACGGUCUCCAUGCACCUGCCCAGCAACCUGGAGCUCAUUGGCAGCCGCACCUUCGAUAAAACCCUCUUGAUCCAGGCCAACAAGGAGAUCUCUGUAGCCACCGUGAGCUCCAAGAGCUUCACCACUGGUGCCGUGACGGUCUUGCCCAUAGAGAAGCUGGGCACCGAAUAUUACGUGGUAACGCCAGUAAGUUCCAUCAAAGACGACAUGAAAGAGUUUGCCGUUGCAGCUGGGAAGAAGUCGGCGGCCGUUUCCAUCACCGUCCGAGGCAACGUCUACUACAGAGGCAGGACUUAUCCUCCUGGGUCGACUCUGCGCAUCAGCCUGCAGCCCUACGAAAGCUUGCAGCUGCAAAGCAGCAUGGACUUAUCGGGCACCAAGGUCACAUCGGACGAGGCCAUCGCCGUCCUCAGCGGGCACAGCUGUGUCCAGGUGAACUCGGGUUGCGACUUCGCCAUCGAGCAGCUCCUGCCCGUCUCCGGCUGGGGGAACAAGUACGUCAUUGCCACCAUCCCCAUGCAAACGGACACCGACUUUGCCUAUGUUGUGGCGGCUCAGAAGACCACCAUCACGUACCAUCUGGGCAGCUCCCACGCCUCUAAGGACGUCAUGGCCGGGGAGGUGCAUAAAUUCAAGCUCCCCCACAACUCCCCUUUCUACGUGACCGCUCCAGCCAGCAUCCAGGUGAUUUACUUCUUUACCGGAGCCAGGAAGGACUUGUUAAGGCAAGACCCCUUCCUGGUCAACAUCCCUCCGAUCUCGACCUACUGCACAUCCUACCGUAUCAGCAGCGUGAACAACUUCGAGAACCACAUCCUCCUCAUAGCACGCCACUCGGACACCAGCGCCAUCAAGUUCAACGACAAGGUCAUCGGGAACAUCCCCUGGCGGAUGAUUCCUGGCUUGGACUAUUCCUGGGCCAUGUACAGCAUGAGCAAGAGCAUGGAAGCGGAUAGCAUCGAGCACAGCCAGUCGCCUUUUGGGGUUCUGGUCUUUGGCUUCCAAAAUUAUGUGGGUUACGGCUUUGCAGGCCUUUGUGCCACACCUUCUUCUCCACCUUCCUGCACCGACCUCGAAUGCAAGGAAUAUGAGACGUGCGAGAUGGUCAAAGGCCAUCCCACGUGCGUGAGGGACACCGAAUCUACCUGCUGGGCCACUGGCGACCCCCACUACCAGACCUUCGACGGGAAGAACUUCGACUUCAUGGGCACGUGCACCUACACCCUCUCUAAGACCUGCACCUCGGACGCAACCCUCCCUGUCUUCAGCGUUGAGGCCAAGAAUGAGAACCGGGGCAACACGCAGGUUUCCUACGUGGGCUCUGUGACCAUCCGCGUCUACAACAUCACCAUCGCCGUGGUCAGAGGCGAGACUGGGAUCGUGAGGGUGAACAACCAGCGCUCCCGCCUCCCCAUCUCCCUCGCUGACGGGAAGCUCAAGGCAUACCAGAAUGGCGACUCCGUGCUGAUCAAAACUGACUUCUUGCUGAAAGUCUUCUUCGACUGGGACCACCACCUGGUGGUGAAGAUCCCCAGCAAGUUCUCCAAUCAGGUGUGCGGGAUGUGCGGCAACAGCAACGGGGACCCACGGGACGACGCCACCACCCCCGAUGGCUCGCUGGCUCCUGACCCUGUGGAGCUGGGCAGGAGCUGGAAGGUGGACGACGGCGACCGCUUCUGCUGGGACGACUGCAACGGUGAAUGCAAGACCUGCAGCCCCGAGCAGAUUGCCAAGUACAAGGCGGAGACCUCCUGCGGCUUGCUCACCUAUCAGUCAGGGCCCUUCCAGCACUGCCACGCCACUGUCAGCCCCAAAGUCUACCUGGACAACUGCGUCUAUGACCUCUGCAUGAACGAUGGGCUCCAAUCCAUGCUGUGUCAGGCCCUGAAAACCUACGCGGAUAAAUGCCGGGCAGCGGAAAUUGCCAUUUCCGACUGGAGGACCCCUUCGCAAUGUCCCAUGUCCUGCCCGGAGAACAGCACCUACACAGCCUGCGGCCCCGCUUGCCCCGCCACCUGCAACGACCCCGUGAUGUCCACUGAGUGCCAAGCUUUGGCCUGCGUGGAGACCUGCAUGUGCCGGGAGGGCUUUGUGUUGGAUGCCGGCAAGUGCAUCCCCAAGGCCAACUGCGGCUGCGUGUUCGAGGGACGCCUCUUCGCCCCCGGCGAGGAGUUCUGGGCCAACGAUGCCUGCACGAGACGCUGCGUCUGCGACGCCAAGAGCCGACAGGCCAAGUGCCGAGACGCCGGGUGCCGCACUGGAGAGCAGUGCCGGGUGGAGAAUGGCAUCCAGGAUUGCUACCCCGUGAGCUAUGGCACGUGCUCGGCGGUGGGACAGACCCACUACCAGAGUUUUGAUGGCAGGAGGUUUAUCUUCCAAGGCACCUGCCUGUACCAGUUUGCCGGGCUGUGCAAGAAGAGUCAAGACCUGGUGGACUUCCAGGUGCUGGUCCAGAACGGCCACCAGGACAACCAGCACCUGUCCACCAUCGCUUUCGUGCAGGUCAAAGUCUAUGGUAGCGACAUUGUGAUCAGCAAGAAAUACCCUGGCAAAAUCUUGCUCAAUAACUUGCUGAUCAACCUACCGCAUCGCACCAGGAACAGGAAGAUCUCCAUCUACAGAGGCGGGCAGCAGGCAGUGGUAGAGACGGACUUGGGGCUCACCGUCACCUACGACUGGCAGAGCCAGGUCACCGUGUCGGUGCCCGGCAGCUACGUGGAUGCCUUGUGCGGGCUCUGCGGGAACUUCAAUGGCAACGCCGACGAUGAGAUGCUGCUGAAGAACGGCCAAACGACGUCGAACCCGGACACGUUUGGGCACAGCUGGAAGGUGAAGGACAUACCAGGCUGUGUGGAGCUGUCGAGGGAGGAAUGCCCCACACUAAGAGAGGCGCUGCAUCACCAGAAGACCUCGAGGACAGGCUGCAAGAUCAUCUCGAGCCUGAGCGGUCCUUUCCAAGCAUGCCACAGUAAAGUCGAUCCCAACCCAUACUUCCAAAGCUGCGUACACGACUUUUGCCUCUUCCCAGACCAGCCGGACGUGACCUGCCCGCUCAUCACCAGCUACGCCAUGGCCUGCCAGGCCGCUGGUGUGAUGAUCACAAACUGGAGGACAGCUGAUCACUGCAGUAUUUCGUGUCCCGCCAACAGCCACUACGAGCCGUGUUCGCGAGGCUGCGGCCAGACCUGCAGCAUCCUCUACACACCCCUGCACUGCUCGGA